UUUUUUAAAUCAAAACAAUAUGGAAGAUAAGGAGAAGCUUAUAUCUGAUAAACUUACCGAAGACGAAGAGAUGGUAAAAACAAAGGCAAAUGAAAAUAUACCUUGGUACUUUGCGAGUGGUUUCCCUUUAUUCUGGGGACUCCUCUUUUUCGCUGUUGUGAUACCAUUCUUCUAUCGGUUGCCAACGGCCCUAACAAUGGAGGACGCAAAUAAAAAUGUAUUCAUUGCUGAACGUGCUUACAAAGAUUUGUAUACCCUGUCAAAUAUUGGUAACAAAUUGCUUGGCAGUAUGGAAAAUGAAAUUGAGGCAGUGAACUUUAUACUAAAAGAGCUGAAGAAGAUUAAAGAAGAUCUACUUGAGGACUAUUUCGAUAUGGAAAUUGACUUAUCUCAAGCCUCUGGUGCUUUCUCAUAUUACACAAGGCUAAAUGUGUAUCAAGGCGUUCAAAACAUCGCUGUAAAAUUGACGCCCAAGACCAGCACAAGCGAGUCCUAUCUUCUUGUAAACAGUCACUUCGAUUCUAAGCCAGCUACUCCGUCAGCGGGUGACGCCGGUUUCAUGGUAGUCACGAUGUUGGAAGUUUUACGUGUAAUAGCAACAACAAAGCAAACCUUUGAUCAUCCGAUUGUGUUUCUCUUUAAUGGAGCUGAGGAAGUUGGCCUACUAGCUUCCCAUGGAUUUAUAACUCAACAUAAAUGGGCUCCAUAUUGCAAAGCCGUCGUCAAUCUCGAUGCUGCAGGCAGUGGAGGUCGAGAAGUUCUAUUUCAAAGUGGUCCGAACCACCCAUGGCUUGUCAAUUACUAUAAAAAAUAUAUCAAACAUCCUUUCGCCACAACCGUGGCCGAGGAAAUCUUCCAAUCCGGCAUCAUUCCAUCUGAUACAGACUUCCGACAGUUUACAACAUAUGGCAAAAUUCCAGGCUUAGACUUGGCGCAAUGUAUUAAUGGAUUUGUAUACCACACCAAGUAUGACACAAUUGAUGUGAUCCCUCGUGAAUCCUUGCAGAAUACUGGUGACAAUAUUCUCAGUUUGGUUCGAGGGUUAUCAAAUGCAACUGAAUUAUAUGAUACAAAAGCACACCAAACUGGGCACGCCGUUUACUUUGACUUUCUGGGAAUAUACUUCGUAAAUUAUUCAGAGGCUAUCGGAAAAUUUUUUAACAUUAGCGCUGCUGGAGCUGCUUUCAUUUUGAUCUACGUUUCAUUGUGGCGAAUGGCUGAUGUUUCCCACGUCUCCAUUUGCCACGUGGCCCGCUGGUUUAUCCUGGUGCUUGUCAUCCAGAUUAUCUCUUUUGUACUCGGACUAGCACUUCCUUUAGUAGUUGCACACGUAUUUGACAAUUUGGGACUAUCACUGACUUACUAUAGCACUCCCCUUCUGGUGAUCGGUUUAUAUGUGUGCCCGUCACUUAUUGGCCUCAGUUUGCCCAUAACUGUGUAUUGCAGCUUACAGCGCAACGAUAAAAUAUCAAAUGCCUACCAUGUCCAACUGGCAUUGCAUGGCCACGCAGUCAUCUUGGCUCUGCUCGCCAUUGGUCUUACAAUAUUUGGCUUGCGUUCCUCGUACAUUUUCGUCAUUCCACUAAUUUUCUACAUCUUAUCCUUGGUUCUUAAUUUAAUGACUACUCUGCACGAUCGUGGCUAUGCCUGGACAGGUCUACUCAAGGCAAGCCAAAUAAUCCCUUUCGUGUACAGCAGCUAUAUUUUCUACAUAUUAAUUGUGGUUCUUACACCAAUGGGUGGUCGAUCGGGCAGUUCCUCUAAUUGGGACUUAUAUAUUGCAGCAAUGGCAGCAGCAGGAACGGUUCUUUCGUUUGGAUUUUUGAUGCCACUUAUUAAUAGCUUACGACGACCCAGCUUUGUGGUGUUGUCUCUGCUUGUAAUCACAGCCCUCUCAAUGUACUUAGCGAGUAGUACACAAAUCGGAUUCCCAUAUAAGCAAAAAACCAAUGGCCAGCGAGUUUCGUACCUGCAAGUGCGAAAUAUGUUCUACGAGUACGAUGGCACUCUCAGUAAGGAUGAGUCUGGCUAUUUGUUUAACUUUCAAGACAGACUUAGAGAAAAAGUACUCUUGGGCAGCAAGGUUGACCUGAAUGGUUUGGUUGGCAUUGAAUCGAAUUGCGAUACUCACAUGAUGUGCGGCAUGCCUGUGCCCGGUGUAAGUCGACUUAACAGCAAAUGGCUACCACGCUCUGAGCCAAUUAUGCCUCCAUCAUUAACCACCUUGGAUAUGGUAAAUAAAAUCAUACUGAAUUCUACGACAGUGCGCUUUGAGUUCAAGUUGAAAGGUCCCUCUCAAAUGAAUUUGGUAAUUCAACCUUAUGAAGAUGUGACUUUGAGUAACUGGUCAUUCACGAUCAAUUCAAAACCAACACCAUCAACAAUAACAUACGUUAUCUAUUUCAAAUACGGCAUUGAUAACUCACCAUUAAAUUUCUUUUUGGAAUUAUCGAAACCGAAUGGCGACUUCAAUGUACCGUUGUUUCAACUGGGGGUCUCGGCACAUUAUAUAAAAGAUGAUGGCGAUGCUCAAAGUGUGAAGUUCGCAUCUUCAUUUCCCUCUUAUUCAAUUCUGGAUCAAUGGCCUGCAUUAUACCAGCGAUUUAUUUUCUAAAUUUUAAAAAUAUUUGAAGAAUAAUUGAUUA